AUGUCAUCCCAAGAACCAUAUAGAUCAAGUAUUCCUGUAAUACAACAAUCCCCUUCCAGAUCUCCUUCUCUCUUUUCUCCACUUUCAUCGUCCCUUGAACCACUUGUACGACCUCUUCCGCGAACCUCUAGUCUACCUGUUUCAUCAUUACCUCAACAAAUCCAUCAGCUAACACUACCUUCAAAUGCAUUUGUGUGUUCAAAGAAAUCAUCCCGACACGACUCGUUUUCAUCUACCAACGCUACGGAUUACUCGUCCGACCGCAAAAGUUCAGUUGGCUCUUUGCAAAACGAAUGUUUAGAAAAAGCCCAUUCGCAUCAUUCAUGUGAAAAUCAAUAUGUCUAUUUGCUACCACCGCCCGAGUACUCGAGUGAGAGUAAAGACCAUGGUCAUAGUGAAGAUGGCGACAGAGCUGAGACGGUUCUGAGCUUGAAUGAUGUUGAAGAAGUCGAAAGAAAAAUGGAUGAAUACGAAAAAAUGGAAGCGCAAGUUCGAAUGGUUGCUACAUAUGAAGCGAAAAUAGUCAUUCAGACCUUUCUCAUAACAAUCGGCGUGUUUGCUUCUCUUGUGGUGUUUACUCUACAAUCACGAAUCAACUUUUCGUCCUGGGCGCCGUUUUUGUAUGCUGGAUUGUGGGUCAUUAUAUUUUCCGGAAUUAUCGGAUGGCUGCUUCCAUUUGAUCGUGCAUACCACGUCGCCAUUUCCGUGUUGUCUGCAGCCGUAUUCUGUGGAUAUAUCCUUUAUGAUACGUACAUGUUAUUUAUCAAGCUCAGUCCUGAAGAAUACAUUAUUGCAGCAAUCGAUUUGUAUCUCGACGUAAUAAACCUUUUCAUCGCAUUACUCGUUCUCCUCGGUGGCAUGGACACAAAAUGA